AUGUCGAAGCGGAUCUUGGUAACGGGUGCUACUGGGAAUCAAGGCGGCUCCGUAGCCAAGCUCCUCCUGCAUUACCCGGACGCGUACACGGUACGUGUCCUGACGCGAAACCCGGACUCCGAUGCGGCCAAGCAGCUCGCCCGACAGGGCGCCGAGGUCGUCAAGGGGGACUUGACGGAUGCGUCGACGCUGGAUGCCGCGUUCGCGGAUUGCUGGGGCGCGUUUGUCGUGACGAAUUUCUACGAUGCGACCAUCAAAGACGACCCGGCCAGUGAAGAACACCAAGGGCGUAACGCUGCGUUGGCGGCCAAAAGCGCCGGGGUGUCCUGCUUCGUGUGGUCGACGCUGCCAUCAUCUCUCGAAAUCUCCCAGGGCGAGGUGUGCUGCGAGAUCUACGAGGGCAAGCACCGCGUCGACCGCUUCAUCCGCGACGAACUCCGCUUCGACGCCGCCGUCUUUGUCUACACGGGCAACUUCUACGAGAACAUGGUCCUGCGGGGCCAUGUGGUCAAGACAGACGAUGGGAAGGGAAUCGAGUUUCGACAACCUGUCAUCCAGGAGGAUACGACACUCCAUAUGGUCUGGGUCGAAAAGGACCUGGCUGGUGUGGCCAAGGCCAUCUUCGACCACUGGGACCAGCGCAAGGAGCAGCUGAAAUUUCGUUAUCUGUACGCUAUGGAUGCCAUCCACACCCCUCGUGAGAUCUGCGAGGUGAUACAGCGCGUCACCGGUCUACCGACGAAAUACGUGGUGCUGCCGACGACAGGCAACGAACAGCGAGACAUCAUGUUCACCUUGUACAACAAGACGGGCACUUACCCCGGGGUGAAGCUGCCGGACCAGAAAGUACUGGGUCUCGGAGUGGAAUUGCACGGACUGGAGCAGUUUGUGAAAGAGCGGCUCGUGCCACACUUGGGACUGGGAUGA